AUGCAACUGUCCGAGAUGAAACAGCUGGAGCAGUUGAAGCCUUUGCCUGGGCUUGGAGAGGUCCAGACGCUUUUGGGAGCAGCUCCGGCUUGGAAGUCGGAGCCUCGCUUGGCGACCGCUCUCUUGAGCGCUUUGGCCAAGGUUCAGCGCUGGGAUGUCGCAGUGCGAGUUUUGCAGGUGAUGCGCGCUUGCACGGUCGAGACGAAUGUGUUCCACUUCACUUCCGCCGUGGCUGCCUGCGAGAAGGGGAAAGCAUGGCAUCUGGCGGUAGAUAUUUUUCAAAGCAUGUCUCAGGUUGGAAUCUUGCCGAAUGAGGUGACUUACAACAGUGCCAUCGGCGCAUGUGAAGGCUGGUCGUGGGCGACAGCAAUACACCUGCUCGAUGGGAUGCACAGGGUACUGAGCUGCAGCCAGACCAGCUAUAAUAUAUGCAUGAAUGCCUGCUCGAGGGUGUGGCACGUGGCCGUCAGUUUUCUGAGGUCCAUGACAGAAGUCGGGGUUCUGCCAAAUGUGAUCAGCCGCAGCUGCGCCGUUCAUGUCGGGAGCCCCUGGGAUGUGGCCUUUCAUCUCCUUGGGCAGACGAGCAGCGAUCCGAUUGCAUUCAGUGCUUUGGCGACUCGGGGACCCUGGGUUUACGCUCUGGAGCUCUUCGAGAAUCUCCGUUUCCUUCGACUUCGCAUCGAUGCCGUGCUCUGCCACCAUGUGGCAACCGCCUGCCGAGCGACCGGAAGCAGGGUUGGCAGUUGGCAGCAUGCGGUGCAUAUCUGCCACUCCAUGAGCGACAUCGCCCUCCUGCAAAAUGCGGUCAGCUACAACUGUUCCAUCAUCGCCUGUGCGGAUGGUGGAAACUCUCAGCUGGCAGCAAUGCUUCUUCAGCAGAUGCUGAAGGCUCAUCUUCGUGCCAGUCUAUUCAGCUACAACAGUCUGGCCUUUGCUCACCAGAGAUGCGAUGCCUGGGAGAAGUCAAUGGACCUACUGGCCCAGAUCUCGCAGGUUUCCAUCCGGGCAAAUGCGAUGAGCUUUUCGAGUGUCGGUCGCUGGACGGUGUCGCUGGAGCAGCUCCAACACAUGCACUGCAAGCAGUUGAAGAGGGAUUCCAUCAACUGGAGCCUUGCAGCAGCCAGCUGUGAUCAGGUCUCCGCCUGGAAGUCAGCACUACAACUGUGUCACGGAGGACCUGCUACGGAGAUCUGCAGCGCCGCAAUCACCUCUUGUGAGAAGCAAAGUCGCUGGAGGCAUGCACUGGCACUACUCAGGCUCAUCGAGCCGGACAUGAUCAGCUUCUGGGCUGCAAACCGUCGUUUCAGCUUUGUUUUGGAGCUGCAAUCGCUGCCUGUGCAAAUGCUGUCCGACAACGGUCCAUACUUUUUUUGGGAUGACGGCGUAUGCAGCAAAGCUGAUCAGAUCAGCCACCUGGGGAACAUGGCAUCCAGCUUCAGCCCAUUAGAAUGUUUGGCCGUGUGUCUCGCAGCGUGUCUGGCCCGACAUGUCUCGCAGAUCUUGGCCGAGCCAAUGGCCUGGAAUCAGGCGCCAGUGAAAGUCACCACUCUUCCCAACGGGGUCAGGGUGGCAACUAAGGAGACCUUUGCCGAGACCGCCUCUGUUGGCGUCUAUCUGGAUGCUGGCGUGCGGGAUGAGACGAAGGACACUCGAGGUGCCACGUAUUUGUUGGAACAACUCUCCCUCACUGGCACGAGCAAGAGGCCCAUGGCCAAGCUUGAGGCAGAGAUUGAGUCUCUCGGGGCGACCUUGGACUUGAGCUAUGGUCGAGAGCAUUCCGCCUUCAACAUGACUAUGUUCAAGGGCGACGUCGCGCAGGGCGUCGACAUUCUGGCAGACAUGGUCACUGCUCCUGCCCUGGGCAACCUGGCCAAAGAGAAGCAGGGGAUCCUGCGCAAGCUCGAGGAAGCAGAGCAGCCAACUCGCCAAGUUAUUGAUGACAGGCUUCAUGCAUGUGCCUUCCGCGACUACUCUCUGGGAUUCUCCACAGUUGGGCCGUUUGAAGGCAUUGAGACGCUGUCUCAGGAGCAACUGAAAAAGCACCAUGAGACCAACUUCACAGCUGACAAGAUGGUUCUUGCAGCUUCUGGCGCCGUGAAGCACGAGGAGCUUGUCAAGCUGGCAGAGAAAGCUCUCGGCGGUGUCAAGGCUGGCCCUCCCCGGGUGUACACCACCAAGCCUUACUUCUGUGGUGCACAGCUCCUCUACCGCAACGAUGAGAUGGGGCCUCUGGCUUAUAUCUCGACUGGUUGGGAGGCAGUUCCCUGGAAGAGUCCGGAUGCCGUCACUUUCAUGGUGAUGCAGGCGAUUAUUGGCACCUACAAGAAGAACGCUGGGCUGGUUCCCGGCAGCAUUUCCGGAAACCGUGUCACAAACGCCGUGGCCAACAAGAUGGGCGUGGGUUGCGCCGAGGAGUAUGAGGCCUUCAUGCACUUCUACAAAGACACCGGCGUGUUCGGCUGGUACAUCGUCUGCGAUGAGGUCGCUGUAGAGCAUGCCAUCGGCGAGCUGAUGUUUGGCUGCAACUUGCUGUCCUUCUCCGUGACUGAUGAGGAGGUGGAACGAGCAAAGCGAGAACUGAAAGCCACCCUGGUCAACGGCUCUGGCAGCACUCGGGACAGCUGCAACCAGGUGGGCAAGGAAGUCUUGGCCUACGGCCGGGGUGUUCCUCCUGCGGAGAUGAUGCUCCGAAUCGAUGCUGUUGAUGCUGAGGAGGUCAAGCGAGUCGCGUACAAGUACCUGAACGAUCAGGAGAUCUCCGUGACGGCCCUCGGCCCACUGCAUGGGAUGCCAGAGCUCUACAUCAUGCGCCAGGCCGAGUUUUUUUCUAACCUGGCGGCUGCAUGGCCUUCUGGGUCCUGUGAUAUGCACCUGGCAGAGUCGCCCAUGAUUCGGUUCCGCGAUGGGAGCCGGAUGGCCAUGAUGAGACUCAGACGUGAAGAGACGCAGAUCCUGACUUUUUGGUUCCUCUGUUCUAGUGGUAACGCGAUGUCCAGGACUUGUGGCACGUAG